AUGAAAUGAAAUGUCAAAAAUUCUGAACCGUCAUCCAUUGCAACGAGUCGGUAUUUUUAUGUGUUUAGUUUUAUUAAGACAAUAAAUUACACUAUUCGUUAGCAUGUCGGCUAAUAAGGAGGACACAUUACGACAGUUUUGUGACGUGACCGGCGCCGAUGAAACUCGCAGUCGUUUCUUUUUGGAAUCGUCGAAUUGGCAGCUUGACGUAGCGUUAUCUAGUUUCUACGAGCACGGAGGAAGUGUAGACGAGGCGCCUAUACCUACGGCUACUCCAGUGUCGUUGCCGACGCUGUCGGACAGCGACAUGGAGUCCCCGCCGGCGUCUCCGUUGCGACAGAAGAAGGAGAAAAAGAAGCCCACUGGAAACUUCGCGACAUUAGGGUCGCUCCAGCAGGAGAGCUCCAGUGAUGACGAUGAAGGGCAAGCAUUCUAUGCGGGCGGGUCCGAAAGAUCUGGCCAGCAGAUCAUUGGACCAGGCAAGAACAGAAAAGAUAUAGUCACUGAGAUGUUCAAAAGUGUCAGAGAGCGCGGGGCCGUGGUGUUUGAAGACGAGCCAACAACGGCUAGCCGAGGCCGCGGUGGCGCCUUUAGUGGUACUGGCUACAGACUUGGACAGACAUCAGAUGACCACGAGCCAGUGUCGGCACCGGGCGCGCAGUCGCAAGGGGAAGACAUCCGCGCCGUGCGCCUGCGUCUGUAUAGAGAGGGCUUUACCGUGGACGAGGGCCCCGUGCGCUCCUACACCGACCCCGAACAUGCAGAGUUCUUAGACAGCAUACGCCGCGGGGAAAUUCCUGCGAGCCUCGGCGGCGCUGGCGCGGUGCGAGUGUCGCUGGAGGACCGGCGCCACGAGCCCGCGCCCGCGGCCAAGUCGCAGGCCUUCGCCGGCAAGGGGCAGAUGCUCGGCAGUCCAACGCCGCCAGUGGUGGGCGCGCCAGCAGCGGUGGGCACGCCGGCCGCGGCGGCCGCCGACCGCGACGCCAACACGCGCGCCGCGCAGGCCGCCGUGCAGCUCGACGACACGCAGCCCGCCACCUCCAUACAGUUCCGGCUAGCGGACGGCAGCCGCGUGGCGGGCCGCUUCAACCUGUCGCACACCGUGGCCGACCUGCGGCAGUUCGUGGCGCGCGCCGAGCCCGCCUACCAGGCGCGGCCCUUCCUGCUGCUCACGUCCUACCCCUCCGCCGAGCUGGCCGACUCCGCCGCCACCGUGCAGCAGGCCAACCUCGCCAACAGCACGCUGCUGCAGCGGCUCAAGUAGACCUCUCGACUGUUGGUAACGACCGCCGUGCACAGAACACACUUUGGAAAACGAUUUUUUUUUUGUAUGAAUUAGAUGAUGUAAAAUCAUUUAAUCUUAGCUAGUAUACUUAGUGUAGUGGAAGUAAAUAAUAAAUCUUUGAAUAACGGUAUUAAAGUUCCAUUAUCUAUUUCCAUCACCAAUCAUGCACCAUCAUUACCAAUUUACGGAAAUUACAAUACCAGUUCGCCAGAUUUAUCUUACCAAACAAUUCAUCCUAAAGGCAUUUUGCCUAAAGCAUAAGCUUUGUAAAACAAACUAUCGUUUUGAAAGGCAGGUUAUACGUUAACAACUUCGUAAAGUUAGGAAAAAUACUUUUAGGACAAAUGAUUAUAUGACUACGUACACAUACUCCUUUGUGGCUGUAUACUUCGUUUUUUUUUUCUAUAUUUUAAAUAAAUGAUUGUUUUAAGGAGUUCAUAAUUCUAUGACAAAAAUUAUAACAACCCAUAUAGAAUUAUUAUUUUAGUUGAAUAAUAGUUUAGAAUGCAAAUGUAUCACCAGACCGCCACAUAUUUGUAAUCUUCACUUACCUAUGUUAUUUUAUUAAUAUUUAUGCGUAAUCUAAAAAUUAAUAAAAUUCACAAAUGUAAAAAUAGAGGUCGCCAGAAAUGUUAACAACUUUACUACUUAAUAAAUGCAUAAAUCAAAUAAUUUCUGCGUAAUAACAUUUGAUAACGUUCAGAAUAUUCACUUCCAAAGAUUUGAACUCCAUGUAUAAUAAUUUAGUACAAAUCUGUUCACAUAAUUGGCGACUUCUAUCCACCUAGGGGAAUCGCGUUAAUCUUUUGAACGCCAAGAACAUCUAGUCGUAACGAAUGGCGCCCACCGCGCCAUGGACAUGUGUUAUGGCGGACGCUAUCAAAGUGACCUUCACACUUUCAAGUAAGAUUUACAUUAGCUCGCUUGCGCCCAGGACCUUGGCGUGUCAGUGACGUUUUUGUGGUGUAUUCCCGUCUGUGCCCGCCCCACGUGACCACCGCCAUACAAGAAGCGGGCACAGAUAGGAAUGAUUUGUAUGUAGCGCCUAUUCCCAUCUGUGCCCGGCGGGGACAGAUGAGAAUACGCCGUUUUUGUUUAUAACCUAAAGCGUUCAAAGGGUUAAGGCGUGCCUCGGUAGCCAUCUUGUAAGCACGGGAUGGACAAAAUGGCCGACACUGUUUUCCUAAACACAAAAAGCGGGAACUAAAUGAUAUUUUUAUAUUAUAGCGUGUUAGUAUAAAAGUAUUUGCUUCAAAGACGUGCAACGCAAGAAAUGUACUAAUUGAAGCCCCCAUGUAAAGAUUUUUCAAUAAAUCUGUAUAAACAAGAUUUUCUUUUGACACUUCAUCCAUUCAAAACAAACCCUUCGAACGCCAUUAACCCUUAAAGUUGUUCUCUUAUAGCGCCAUGAAUGCCUAUGGCGUAGACUGUUAAAACAACAUUUACUCUGUCAUUUGCUUCAAGGUAUAUUAUUGUAAUCACGUUGGCGUGUGCGUCACAUUUUUCGUUGAUAAAUGGCGUUCAAAAUGUUCAAUAGCAAAAAUAAGUUGCUCUAGAGUAGACGUAAUCAAAGCCAAACUUCGCUUGCAUUCGGAUCAAUUGUAAAAUAAAAGAAUGCUCAAUGAAGUACGAAUAUGUAUGAUAAUCUGAUUUCUACUAUUCGGAUUUGAGUGUACAAGUGGAUUUAUUUGUUGGUUUGAGCUCUUGUUUGUACAGUCAGCGUCAAAUACUUUGUAGCAGUUAGUGGCCAAAUAGUUCGGUACACCAUACUAAAUAUAUGGUGUACCGAACUAUUUGGCUACUUUGGUUGCUACAAAGUAUUUGACGCUGACUGUACUGUAGAUUAUGCAAUGGUCUAAACGAUUUGUAAUAUAGGAAUUUUCUAUCAGUGAGUAAUGUGUAAGAAAUGAUUUAUUUCGCAUUUUCAGCCUUAACCCUUUCGACGCCAAAAAUAAAAGUCAAGCCCAUUAUGCUGUGAACGCUCAAGUAUUAUGACGAACGUUAUAAAUGUAAUCUUUAUGUACGUUAUAAGGUUCUAAUGAGGUUUAUAUUGGCUCGCUUGCCCUACGAUGCUAGCGUGUGAGUGAUGGCGUUCAAAGGGCUAAUGCAUUUUAUAAAGUGUUCUUAUUUUAAUAAAAUUCAAAAUACCGAAAA